AAACUCCAUCAAAACGUGUCCACAAAAUUUAAUACUAACAGCCCAAAAAUUCUCUUAUAAAUAAUCAUAUUCAAACUAUACCCUCAAAUUAAUUAACCAUCUCUCAUAAAUUUGUGCACACUAUUAUUCUCUUUUAUAUAUACCUUCCACAACAAUGGCAGAAACUGAUCAAGCAAAACCUCUAGCCUCAGUUAGAGUCCACCCAAGAAGUGAUGAUGAAGAAAAAGCUCUUAAAACAAAGAACCGUAGAAGAAAAUUCAAGUUAUGUGGAUGUAUAACAACAAUUUUACUACUACUUUUAGUCAUAGUAAUUGUUAUCUUAGUAUUCACGGUUUUUAAGGUUAAAGAUCCAAAAGUAACAACAAAUGAGAUCCAACUUACAAACUUUGAUGUCAACGUUGGUCAACUUCUAACCGGUCAAAUUAAGAUCAACAUAACAAUGGUUGUAAACAUGUCUAUUAAGAAUUCUAAUAGAGCAUCGUUUAGACUUGGCAAUAGCACAACAUCGGUAUAUUACCGGGGUAUAUCGGUUGCGGAUGCACAAAUACCGCCUGGAAUUGUUAUCAAGGCAAGGAAGACAUCAGGGUUGAAUGUUACGGUAGAUGUUAUGGCUGACCGUCUCGUUUCUAGUCCGGAUUUGUUGGGAGAUGUGCGUAACGGCGAGAUGAUCAUGACCACUUACUCGGUAAUUCCGGGGAGAGUUAAGAUGUUGUUUAUUAAAAAACAUGUUGAGGUGAAAAUGAAUUGCACUAUGACGAUUAAUAUUUCAAAGAGAGGAAUUGAAGACUUGAUUUGUAAACGUAAGGUGAAACUUUAGAGAUGGAAAUUGAAUGUUUCUGUUGUUGUCCUUCUUUUUGGGACCUAUGGUUGAAUUAAUUCUUUAUUUUAUUUUUGUAAUUUUUUAAGAGAUUUAUGGCCAUAGCUAGAUAAGCCUAUAGAUUUGUGUGUGUUGAUGUUGGAUAACGAUAGUAUACAUGUAUAUUUAGUUGAUUGUUUUUUUUUUUUUAAUUUGAUAUAUGUUACAUGAUUCUUGUUCCUCAA